GAGGGAAGAAGAUGAAGGAAAGGAAUCCAGCAUUGCAGGAAAACAGAAAAGCAAAAGGUGGAAGAAGGCAACAUAUACCACUACACCUGACGAGUGAGGAUUAAUUACUUGUGUUGGCAGGUGCGGUGAAGACCACUGAGAUUGAGCCUCGUCCUGAUGAUGACAGAUAAUUCUGGCACAGUGGGAGUGAGAUUUAUUGAGAGAAUGGAUCCUUGCCUUCUGGCGGAUCCAUAUGUGGUGUCAGGUUGGGUGGAGAAGAGGUUGAGCGAUAGUGUACCGUCCUUCCAGGCUGCUGGCCUGGUGUAGGAUCAGAUAGGGCCAAGUAGUCAGAUAGUGGUAAGUUUUUUUUUUUUUUUGGGGUGUAGGGUUUGUUGGUAGGGCAAUUUUUCUACGAAGUGUGAUGAACUCACACUCCAGAGCAGUAGGUGGAAACACAGAGCUAGAUAAGAGGAAUAGAUUAAUAGGGAGUCCGUGAAUGGCCUCACACUCCAGUACAGUAGGUGGCGGUGUAUGCACCUCACGGUUGCUAUCCGCCAAUACAAAUUUAAAGAAGAAGAAAAAAUGGACAGCCACUAGCUCAAUACACAAACAUUACAAAGCAAGGUAAACAGACUCGAAGAUAUUGUUUACACGCUAUCCUCUUUUUAACAAACACAAAUUCAAGCCCUACGUUUUUGCCCGUAAUUUAGCUAGCAUUUGUUGAUGUAUUUAUAUUCAGUCCAACGAUAGAUAGAUAGCUAGCUAACAUAACGUCUGCCCGUUAGCUGAGUUUAGCAUGCUGUGUUGACGGAGCUAGCUAACAUUAGCUGUUGUUCGAGCAUGCCAAUGUUAUUAGCUUGGAGGAAAAGGAGGGAGCUGGUCGUUAAAAUUUGGACGACAUCCCCUUGACGCAAGGAAAAAGGCGCACUUCUAUUGCGAUAACCAACUGAAGACAGAGAGUGGACUAUUGUGUCUUGAACUUAGUCAGUAUUACUGGAGCAUGAGGAAGCCAGUGCCACAAAAAGCUAUUGAGUGGAAAGAUGGCAGGCGGAUCAAGCAUGCCCGAAGUGGCCGUCCCUCCCGGGUCCCAUCGCAGUACCACGGAGGGCACUUUAGUUGGGACAAAUACCUGAUGGAAACAGGUGCUAGUGCGGCACCUGCCCACUGCUUCAGACAGGGCGCAACGCCUCCAGUGAAUGAGUUCAAGGCGGGCAUGAAGCUGGAGGCACAAGACCCUCGGAACACCACGUCCACCUGCAUUGCUACAGUGGUGGGCCUGACGGGAUCGCGGCUGCGCCUGCGCCUCGACGGCUCCGACAACAAGAACGACUUCUGGCGCCUGGUGGACUCGUCGGAGAUCCAGCCUAUCGGCAACUGCGAGAAGAACGGGGGCAUGCUGCAGCCGCCAUUGGGCUUCCGUCUGAACGCGUCCUCCUGGCCCAUGUUCCUUCUAAAAACACUCAACGGUGCCGAAAUGGCCCCAGCACGCAUCUUUCACAAGCAGGAGCCCCCGGCCCCAGAGCAGAACUCCUUCCAGGUGGGCAUGAAGCUGGAGGCGGUGGACCGCAAGAACCCCCACUUCAUCUGCCCGGCCACGGUGGGGGCGCUGCGCGGCGUGGAGGUGCUGGUCACCUUCGACGGCUGGCGGGGUGCCUUCGACUACUACUGCCGCUACGACUCCCGGGACAUCUUCCCCGUGGGCUGGUGCUCUCUCACCGGGGACAACCUGCAGCCGCCCGGCACCAAAGCAGUGCUACCCAAGACCCUCGGAUGCCUUUCAGACGGUAGCGAGGGAACAGCCAUGCACGCCAUGCCAGGACAGCCGCCUGGCCAACGGGGACGCAAGCCAGGCCGCAGGAAAACCAAGCUGACAGGGCCCUGGGGCCUGAAGGGGGCCGGAGUAGGACCGCAGGCCCCCCCGCCCGGAAAGGGACUGGAGCCUAUCAAGGUCCCCAAGAAGAGAGGCCCCAAACCGGGGAGUAAGUUGGGCUGGGCGAAGAGAGCAGGCUGGCUGGAGGGUGCCAUGGCAGGCCCAGGGCGACCUGUGUCCCGGCCCAGAGGGAGGCUGCCAGCCAACUGGGCCCAGAGGAUGGCCCUGCAGGAGGGUCAAGUGGAGUCCAUCAAGAUCCCAAAAAAGAGAGGGCCCAAGCCCGGCAGCAAGAGAAAACCGCGGGUGGUGCCCAACCCCGUGCCCGUUUCCCCCACCAGCAGUAUGCCAGAGCCAGACACCAGCACGGUGCCCCUGGACAACGCCACCAUCCCCAGCGCUGCCUUGCAGGCCGCCACAGUGUGUGUAUACCUGAACAAGUAUGGGAAGGUGGGCCCCCACUUGGACGGCCGGCGGGUGCAGCAGCUGCCCGACCACUUUGGUCCAGGCCGGGUUUCCUCGGUGCUACAGCAGUGUGUCCAGGCCUGUGUGGACUGUGCCCACAACCAGAGCUCUGUCUUCUCCUGCCUCAAGCCAGGUCACGGAGGAGAGGUCAUAUCAGCCCACUUUGACCAACAGCACCAUACCCUCACCCUGCCCACGGUCAACAGCGUCACGUACGUCCUGCGCUUCCUGGAGAAACUCUGUCACAACCUCUACUGUGACCCUCUGUUUGGCAGCCAGCCCGUCCCCCGUGGGGGCCUGCAUUACGACAGCCACACCUACCCAGAAAGGAGAAGUUUUAGGGAGGGGCUCACGACAGGUCCAGGCAGAGGCUCCAAGCGGUUCCUUCAAGACUCCUACUACAGCCCCAUCCCCCACAAGCUGGCCAAAAACCUCUGCUUCUCCUCGGAAGGUGAGCCCUUCCUCAUGGAGAACGGUGUAGGGGAGUCGGAGCACUUAAAGAAGAGCCCCCUGUCCCCAGGCUCGACAGGGCAGCGGUCCCCCACCAAGUUGCUAAAUCUCAAGUCUUCAGGCUCUGAGCGUUUAAGAGAGAGCCCUCGGCCCAGUGACCAGGACCCCAACCUGUGGACGGUGGAGGACGUCAUGCAGUUCAUCAGAGACAUAGACCCCCUACUGGCCCCCCACGCAGACCUCUUCAGAAAACAUGAGAUUGAUGGCAAAGCCCUCCUGUUACUACGCAGCGACAUGAUGAUGAAAUACAUGGGCUUGAAGCUCGGGCCUGCCCUCAAACUCACAUUCCACAUCGACAGGCUCAAACAUGGACGCCCUUAUUGAGCUCAUCAGCAUCCCCCCACCCCACCCCACUACUACGACUCACGCCUUCUCCCCUCUACAGGAUAUAAUGCACUGCAUACUACUGGACUGACCAUCACAUGUAGCAUCCGCCACUAGGCUACGAUACCUGGUGUCAUAUAUCCCCCCUCCCCUUUCUCUGCCGCAUCUAAGAAGCCCUGUGGCAAACUUCUCUUUUUUACAUUUUAUUUCUGUUGUGGCACAAUCCAGCCCUACGGAAGCAUGGGAUAUGCAGACUGACUGACUCGCCCACAUCUCCUCAUCCAUCAUGUUACUCGCCUGUUUUUCUAUUCCAUAUUCUCUUACAACAACCUCUACCAAUGAUGCCCUCCCUGUGUGUAGCCAUUUCUUACUGUAAUUGCCAUUUUAGGGCAGAGUCUUUAUUACAUUGUUUUUGAUCA